AUGGCGCUCACCUUCCAUAGGCAACCCUUGUUUCAAGCAACGGUGGCACCCGGAGCCAAAGGAAGUGGUCGACACAGGCUGCCGAGGCCUGCUCUUGGCGCUGAUGGCGGGCCUUCUGUUGGCGUUCCGCUGAUGGGAGCCGCAGUUCUCGGCGCUGGCUUCUGUAGGUCUCAAGCGCGUACGGCGCGCACAUCCAAGCAGUCCAAGGGCCUGAAUGGCAGAGGAAGCCAGGUGCAGAUGUUUGUUGUGAACAAUGAGAUCUCCGAGACCACUUCAGACGUGCAUGUCGACUCAGACUCAGCAGACCAACUGGUGAGGUAUAUGGGCGGCAAUGUCGUCGUGCGUGCAGUCUGUGCUACUGAACUCGUCCGAAAGGUCAUUGGAAUGCAUAAGUGCUCACCCAUGGCAGGAAUUGCACUGGGUCGGGCUUUGCUGGCGACAAUUCUUUUGGCCAAUGGCCGAGAUGAAGGAGAGAGUCUGCAGUUGAGGAUACAGGGGGAUGGUCCCAUUGGCUCAAUCAUUACCGAAGCUUCUUCCGCUUUGACGGUUCGGGGCAUGGUGGGGAACCCUGCGGCAGAUGCACCUUCUGUGCCAGAGCUUGUGGGUGUUGGUAGUGCCUCAACGCUGCGAUUGACCAGGACUCACCCCUACUGGAAGCGGCCCUACACUGGAACCAUUGGUUUGAAAUGUGGCGAAAUUGCUGAGGAUGUGGUUCAAUACCUAGGUAUGAGUGAGCAAACACCAGCCUCUAUGGGCCUGAGUGUGGAAUGGGAUUCCGAGGCAGGCUGCAUUAAGCAAGCGGAAGGGUGGCUUGUCACGCUCCUGCCCGGCUGGGACGAAGCAGAGGUGUCGGUUGUGGAGACCAACAUCAACACCUUCGAUCGUAUGGAGUCCAGCGGCUCUUCCCGGCCCCACGACAUUUGCAAGCACAUGAUGCGGGAGCUCCGCGGUGAAUACCAAGCUGAGCAGAAGCCAACCUUCCGCUGCAAGUGUUCCAAGUCCAGGUUGGCAACUGCUGUCAUGAUGCUGGGGAAGACAGAGGUUCUGAAGAUCCUUCGCGACAAGGAGACAAUCGAGGCCCAGUGCGAUUGGUGUGGAUCGCCUUUGUCCUUGACGCCUGAAGAGGAGGUUACUGUUGGCGACAAGGGCCACAUCAUCAUUCUGGGAGCGGGUCUUGUUGGAUCACUGUGUGCAGUGGUUCUGCUGAAGAAAGGUUUCAAAGUGCACCUGUACGAGAGGUACCAGGAUAUCCGAUCCAUCCCAAGUACUGGAAGAUCAAUCAAUUUGAGUGUCACAAGUCGGGGCUUGAGAGCCAUCAAAGCGCUUGGUGGGAGCCUCUAUGAUGACAUCGUGCAGAAUCUCACUACUAAAGUCAUGGGGCGGAUUAUCCACAUGCCUGACGGCAAGGUAUUGUUUCAAAGAUAUGGCAAAGACAAUACUGAGCACAAUUACUCAGUAUCCAGAAUUGAAUUAAACAAAUUUCUCUUGAACGCUGCAGCAGAUGCUGGGGCAGAGCUUCACUUUGAUCAUGCACUGGUGGAAAGUUCCGACUUCAAGGAUCAUCGGGAUGUGGGUGCUGAGCUUCACUUCCGGACAAAGAACGGUGAUUUGAGAGUCAACGCAGCAUGUCCAGUCAUCGCAUGUGAUGGUGCAGGUUCCCGGGCCAGAUACGCUCUCGGACGGAGUGGACUCACAGAGUUUUCGGAAGACCUUCUAACGCGCGGCUACAAGGAGGUCUUGUUUCCAAAACCUGAAAAUCCUGAAGGCUUUGGUGCCAAAGGUGAAGAUGGCGGUGAGCCUUGUGAUGGUAGAUUUGGACUACACAUUUGGCCUCGAGGUGACCACAUGCUGAUGGCCCUGGCGAAUCGCGAUGGCUCUUUCACAGGCACAUUCUACAUGGACAACGAGGGCGAAGAAUCCUUUGCAUCCUUCUCUGACACACCAGAGGGUCGUGCGAAGUGCUCUGAUUUUUGCCAGAAGCACUACAGUGAGGCCAUUCCUUUGGUUGGUGGACUGGACAGCUUGGUGAAUCAGAUAGUGCAGAAUCCAACUGGGCUUCUUGGAACUGUCCGCACAUCAAAAUGGGCAGUAAAGGGCAAGGUGCUUUUGAUUGGCGACUCUUGUCAUGCCAUGGUGCCAUUCUUCGGCCAGGGAUGCAACUGCGGUUUUGAGGACACACUGUGGCUCAGUCGGCUCGUUGAUGAGUUCUGCUGUGAUGAGGGGCAAGCAAACCUGGAGAAGUGCACAGGAGAUAACUUUGCCAAAUGCUUUGCAGCUGUUGAGGCUGCGCGAAAGCCUAGUGCGGAUGCAAUUUGUGACAUGGCUUUGGAGAACUUUGUGGAAAUGAGGGACAAAACAGGAGAUGCAAAGUUUCAAGUCAUGAAAAAGAUCGAGAACCGACUCGAAAAUGUGUUUCCGUCCAAAUUCCGGAGCCGUUAUGCGAUGGUUUGCUAUGGAGGAGAAGGCAAUGUCUCCUAUGCAAAUGCAAAGGAACUGGGUGUUGUCCAGUGGCAGAUUCUGGAGAAGCUGUGGGAUAUUGCAGGUGGUGUGUCACACGAGCAGGUGGACACCAUUGAUAUGCAAGAAGCGGAAAAGCUGAUCGAUCUGCUCCUCAAUGCAUCUCAGUGUGCCACCCCAACAUUUUGA